GGUCCAGCCCUUCCUACCUGACCUGCCUCCAUCACAGGUGGAGCCUGAGUCAGUCCAGGAAACAGCUCACCUGUGUCACACCUUUUCUCUGCAGGUGUGGAGAGUUUUCUUCUUCAGCUCUUUGGACUGUUUGAAUCAAGUACCAAAGAUGGAGACGUCUGUGAAGCUGCAGCUGCUGGGAACUUUGGAGGAUUUGGGAGAUGUAGAACUGGAACGGUUCCAAUGGUUCCUGCAGGAUCAGGAGUUACUGGAUGGUUUCCAAGCCAUUAAAAAGUUCAAACUGGAGAAUGCAAACAGACUGAGAACAGUGGAUGUGAUGGUCGAGACUUACACGACUGAAAAUGUUAUGAAGGUGGCAGAGUUGGUUUUAAAGAAGAUGAAAGAGUAUGGAGGAAAACAAUCAUCAGCUGUUCCUGAGGAUCCAUCAGCUCGUGCAGCUGCUGCAGCAGCUGCUCUUAACAAAUGCCAGCCUAAACUCAAGUCAAAGCUGAAGAAGAAGUUCCAGUGUGUGUUUGAGGGCAUCACUAAAACAGGAAACCAAACCCUUCUGAAUCAGAUCUACACAGAGCUCUACAUCACAGAGGGAGGGACUGGAGAGGUCAAUGAUGAACAUGAGGUCAGACAGAUUGAAACAGCAUCCAGGAAACCAGACAGACCAGAAACAACCAUCAGACAAGAAGACCUCUUUAAAGCCUCACCUGGAAGAGAUGAACCAAUCAGAACAGUGAUGACAAAGGGAGUGGCUGGCAUUGGGAAAACAGUCUUAACACAGAAGUUCACUCUGGACUGGGCUGAAGACAAAGCCAACCAGGACAUACACUUCACAUUUCCAUUCACUUUCAGAGAGCUGAAUGUGCUGAAAGAGAAAAAGUUCAGCUUGGUGGAACUUGUUCAUCACUUCUUUAUUGAAACCAAAGAAGCAGAAAUCUGGUUUGAAGAGUUCCAGGUUGUGUUCAUCUUUGACGGUCUGGAUGAGUAUCGACUUCCUCUGGACUUCCACAACACUGAGAUCCUGACUGAUGUUACAGAGUCCACCUCAGUGGACGUGCUGCUGACAAACCUCAUCAGGGGGAAACUGCUUCCCUCUGCUCGCCUCUGGAUAACCACACGACCUGCAGCAGCCAAUCAGAUCCCUCCUGAGUGUGUUGACAUGGUGACAGAGGUCAGAGGGUUCACUGACCCACAGAAGGAGGAGUACUUCAGGAAGAGGUUCAGAGAUGAGGAUCAGGCCAGCAGGAUCAUCUCCCACAUCGAGACCUCACGAAGCCUCCACAUCAUGUGCCACAUCCCAGUCUUCUGCUGGAUCACUGCUACAGUUCUGGAGGAUGUGUUGAAAACCAGAGAGGGAGGAGAGCUGCCCAAGACCCUGACUGAGAUGUACAUCCACUUCCUGGUGGUUCAGUCCAAACUAAAGAACAUCAAGUAUGAUGGACGAGCUGGGACAGAUCCACACUGGAGUCCAGAGACCAAGAAGAUGAUUGAGUCUCUGGGAAAACUGGCUUUUGAGCAGCUGCAGAAAGAAAACCUGAUCUUCUAUGAAUCAGACCUGACAGAGUGUGGCAUUGAUAUCAGAGCAGCCUCAGUGUACUCAGGAGUGUUCACACAGAUCUUUAAAGAGGAGAGAGGACUGUACCAGGACAAGGUGUUCUGCUUCGUCCAUCUGAGUGUUCAGGAGUUUCUGGCUGCUCUUCAUGUCCAUCUGGCCUUCAUCAACUCUGGAGUCAAUCUGCUGUCAGAAGAGAAAUCAACCUCCCUGUUGUCUAAACUGUUGAAAGAAAAAUCAAAACAUUUCUACCAGAGUGCUGUGGACAAGGCCUUACAGAGUCCAAAUGGACACCUGGACCUGUUCCUCCGCUUCCUCCUGGGUCUUUCACUGCAGACCAAUCAGAUUCUCCUACGAGGUCUGCUGACUCAGACAGGAAGUGGCUCAGAGACCAAUCAGGAAACAGUCCAGUACAUCAAGAAGAAGGUUGAAGAGACUCCCUCUGCAGAGAAAAGCAUCAACCUGUUCCACUGUCUGAAUGAACUGAAUGAUCGUUCUCUAGUGGAGGAGAUCCAACAGUCCCUGAGUUCAGGACGUCUCUCCACAGAUAAACUGUCUCCUGCUCAAUGGUCAGUUCUGGUCUUCAUCUUACUGUCCUCAGAAAAAGAUCUGGAUGUGUUUGACCUGAAGAAAUACUCUGCUUCAGAGGAGGCUCUUCUGAGGCUGCUGCCAGUGGUCAAAGCCUCUAACAAAGCUCUACUGAGUGACUGUAACCUCUCAGAGAGAAGCUGUGAAGCUCUGUCCUCAGUCCUCAGCUCCCAGUCCUCUAGUCUGAGAGAUCUGGACCUGAGUAACAACAAUCUGCAGGAUUCAGGAGUGAAGAUGUUGUCUGUUGGACUGAAGAGUCCACACUGUUCACUGGAGACUCUCAGCCUGUCAGGCUGUCUGAUCACAGAGGAAGGCUGUUCUUCUCUGGUCUCGGCUCUGAGUCUCAAUCCCCUCCCAUCUGAGAGA